AUGGAAGUUGACUCAACUUUGGAUGAUUCCGCUUCCCAAGAAUCGAACAACUCGGCUUCUUCCAUGACAAUACAAUAUUCUGUUGAUGACUUACAAGAAAAUGGUACAAAUCUAGUGGCUAACCCAUGUGCUGAAAGUGUGAGAAGUGAAGGGAAAAUCAGGAGACUCAAUCGACGUCUGGCACUUGCGAAUCUGCAGCUCCCCAAACUAACAGCCAUGCAACAUAGUGUGAUCGAUCUUCGAACGGAGGAGGACAAGUUGGGUGACAUAUCGUGGUUGAAGAAGAAGCUUCCGUUCAUCAAAACGGAGACGCAGAAGGCUGAAGACACAUUAAUGCAUCUGCCAGCUAACGCUCCUCCAAGUAUAGCUAAGCAAAGGUGUCUUAAAAAGGCCCUCGAAAAGAAGUUAGCAGAGAGGAGAAGGGCUGGGCUGGCAAAACGCAAGGAAUUGUACCUGGAAGAUAACGAAGGCAUCGUGGAAAAUGAGGAUGACGAAGAAGAAGAAGAUGAUGAUGAUGAUGAUGGCGAAGGAAGUGACAAUGGCCACGGGAAUUCAUCGAAGGUGAAAAAAGAAGCGAAGGAAUCUGAAGAAAGCGAUGAUGACUACAGCGCUGACGACGAGGAAGAGGAACAAGGAAGUGAUGCGGAGAGUUCCCAAAAUAGUGAUUCUCUUGAUGAUGAUGAUCAAAAAAAUGUGAAGCAGUCGACGACUUGCCUGAAUCAGUUGACUUAUUCGAUGGUGCAUCUGUUAAGGAUAGUCAGAGGCUUCACGAUGAAGACCUAACUUCCUGCCAUCAUCGUUCGAGCGUUGAUGCUGAUAAAGCUGUUGCACAAUGUCCUGAGUGUCGAUCAGGGGAGCCACUACAUCCAGUUGAUAGCCUCAACUUAAUAUUGGAGGAUGAUGAAGGCACUGAAUCUACUUCUGAGAUGACUCAACCGCAGUUUCCCAAUUCUCUCUCUCAGUGGUUUGGCGAGAAGACCACAGGCGAAAGUUCCGAUGAGGCUCAGCCCAACGUAGAGGCCCCAGAAUAUGUGAACGUUGGGACGUUCAGCGACCUGGAUCCCUUCAAGGAUUCUAGUGAGGACGACAUUUUAAUGCUUUGCUCUGGUCGAUUCGAGACGCAAAACCUGGUUACAUCAGAAAAAUUUCCUAUGAAUGAUGCUGCUGGUGAAUUACAAGAAGAGCCAGUCGGAGUUGCGCCUAUCCGUAAAAAGAAACGAGUACUGAUAGAUUCUGACGAUGAUGACGAUGACGACUCGGGAAUUCCAGUAGAGGCGUCGUUCGAAAAAAUGGACGAAGCGAAGUCGGCAUCAAAUAUAGGAGAAGAGGAAAAAGAAGAACCGGAACCAGCAGUGCUUCGGCGUACAAUUGAGUUUUCUGAUAGCGAAGAUGGUGUGCAGUCGAAGCCUGAUGUAGACCGUAUUGAAAAGAGUGAUGAAGAGAAGGAGGAAGAUGACGAAGAGGACGACGAUAAUGACGAGGAUGUUGAUGAUGGACUCGAGAACGAUGAAGGCGAUAUGGAAUUAAAGGGAAGUGACUAUAUAGAGAAAGAAGCUGAUUCGGAUGACGAGCUGGCUGUUGUUAGGAGGUUAGAGAGGAGCGAAUUCGAAAGAAAAGCCAACCGUGAGAAGUGGUUCGAUGACGAGGCUUCCCUUUCUGGUGAUGAUGUUGGAAGUGACCUAGAUGAGGAUGGGGACAUCGCAGACGAAUAUGAGGCAGAAGAAGGAGACAAUGAUGAUGUCCCUGAUUCUGAUGUAAUAAGAAGGCAAAACCACAAACUUUUACUAAAGCAAGAAAAGGAUCGUGAACAUAAGGAACUGGUAAAGCUGCAAGACAGGUUGCUCGCCGAUGGUGAUUUGGGUGGAUCUGAAACCAAUAGGACUUUCCGAUUGAAGCUACGAGAAGACGUAACUACCGUGGAAGGUAUGGAAGACGAUGGUGAAGCGCUAGAGGAAGAACAGGAUGACGGGGCUUCCCAAGCUCAUGCUCGAAGAGUUGAGGCUAUCAAAUGGCUUAUGGAACACGGAGAAUUGGGCAAAGAAUCGGACGAUAAGGAAGAGGAAGAUAUAUUCGAUAUUGCUGCACGUUCGGUACAUAUAUCCACUGAAGUUUCGGAGACUAUCGUCUCUAAGGUGCCUCGGUCUCUAAUUGGACAGCCUGGCCUUGCAAAUGCAAUUAAAGAAGUUGCAGGUGUUUCGAGUGCAAAACAACUCUACGUUAGUAACUCAUCUACAGACCGAAAAAGACCGUCUACCCCUCCCAUGCUGUCGGUCAAGAAAAGCAAGACGAUGGUCAGCGUCAUAAGCGUUUUAGAACAUUCUUAA